AUGGAAGCGUCUCGCACGCGCCCCGAGGGCAUCAUGCUUCCCCCUAGUCCCAUGGAUUCGGUCGAGUCACUUGCCUCCAGCAGGUCCAGUUCCUCUGGGUCCCCCGCGCCCGACGACACUGGCAAGCCAGAGCGCUCGAGAAACGUCAUGAUAACCUUGUCGCUUACCCCCGACCCGCCUGCUUCGUCUCCGAGUCGCCAACCCUUUACACGCUCGCAUUUCCGUUCGCGAUCGCUUGCCGAUGACCCCGGCGUACCCGUCAUGAUCCGCGCCCACUCCUCCCCCGGGCUCGACUCGCGGGGAAGAUAUAUCUUCGUCAACGGUCGCGGUGCGCCUGGGAACAUGACGGAUAAUACUCCCAAGCGCUAUCUCCCUCUGCAAAUCCCAACCGCAGACUCUUUCGAGCCGAGGAUGCCACAUCGGAAGAACAUCUCGGAGACCAUAUCAGAACAUGCAGAGCUGGAUACAUCAGGGUCAGCGACCUCGCAAUCUGACCCCUACCAGUCCUCUUCGCCAGUCCUUUCGUAUAGUACACCGCGCAUCGGUCGUCGUCGGCCGUCGUCGCCGCUACAUUUCCCGACUGGCCCUAACCAGGUCGCCAGUAGCCCUUCGUCGGCGCAUUCGUCACCUUCAAUACUCAGUUCUCGGUACAACGAAGCCUUUCCAAGCUACUCGACUUCAUCCGCCUCCUCCAUGCCGUCGACCCCCACGAGCCUCCGAUCGCGCAGUCCCAGUAUAUCUUCGCUUGAGACCAUUCCGGACAUUCCCGACGCCGAAGCCGCAGCCAUCGAAGCUGAUCGCGUGUCCGCGCUGAAAGCUGCAGCCGACAGGGCAGACGAAGCGGAUGACGCGAGCUACACGAACAGACGACGCGGUGGAACAGAUCUGUCCGGACCCUCCAGCUCGCUUGCCAACAUGCGUACGGGAGCAGGAGGGUACCUCACCCGCUCCGACAAGCGGAAACGGUGGAGUGUCUGCGGAGCCGAACGUCGGCAGGAUCUAGAUCUUGAAACAAUAUGGGAGGAUUAG